CAGGCUUCAUUUUGUUAUAAAUACUUCGCUACAUGUUUGUUUCAUACUUCCUUAACAACAUGUGUGUGUGUGUUGUCUACAAAGCGGUCUGGCAGGUUAAACCAGCCUCCACCUAUAAACUGAGUCCUUAUCUGAUCUUUACUGACUGACACUGAAGAGCCUGGGAUCUUCACUGUUCUUAUUUAUUAUUAUUUUUGUUUAUUGAUUUUAAAAGAAACAUUUUUUUUUGUGCUGACCUAAAACAGGAGAUUAGGUAUGGCAGAACAAGCGGCAGCAUGUGGAAAGGUGUGCGUACUGCUCGGCGCUGGACGAGGAAGUGAGACAUAUUUUCGCGUGUGCGUGUGAAGUGUGUCAACGAUGGACGAGUUUCGCUUUUCCCAACUGAAAAGCCAGACGCUGUAGGAGCCGCUCCGCGGUCUGUGCAUGCGCUCCUGCGCGCUGGGAAAGGCGCGAUGCCGGCGGCGCCGUGGCGCGGCGCGACGCUGCUUCUCUGCUGCGCGUGUCUGUGCGCCGCUCUGGAGCAGCGAGACUGCGUCCUCGGUGAGGUGGGGCAGCCGGUGCUGCUGCCCUGCCACCCCAACUUGGGGAGACUGUUGAACUUCUCCGUCGAGUGGAGGGACCGCGACAGAGCCGUGUUCAGGUCGCGGUGGGACGGGGACGGGAACGUGGAGACGUGGAGCGUGAACUAUGCCAGGAUUCCCACAGACGCAGCGACCACCGGGAACUUCUCCCUGGAGCUGCCGUCAGCUCGGCCCGAACACGACCUGGGUCGAUACAGCCUGUUCCUGCUGUCGGGGGAGAACCAGAGCGCGCCUCUGUGCACCAGGUGUCUCAGGGUGGCAGCCAGUUUUAGGAUCCCUGAGGUGAGCAAGUUAGAAUCGUCCUACCUGUGUCGGUCCUGGGGGGGAUACCCCCAGCCUGCGGUGUACUGGCUCAUCAACGACAGCCGCCGGCCCCCCAACGGUUCUGUGAGCACCCGGGCCCAGGCGCUCCCCGACUCCCACCUGUUCAACUUCACCAGCCAGCUGACCGUCAACGUGUCCAAAGACGACACCGUGUCGUGCACCGUCAAGAAUCCGUCCACGAACGAGACCCUGACGGUCAAACUGAGGGCCAGCACCAGCGGGAGCCGCGCGUCACAGGGCAUGUGGAUCUUCAGCACCGUCCUCUGCGUGGUGGUCGCCGUCAUGGUGCUCGCCGGGAUCUACUAUCAGAUCCACCUGGACAAGAUAAGCAAGAGGAGGAAGAAGGAAUACGAGGAACCGCGGAGAGGUCGACGAUAUCAGUACAAGCAGGCGACCGAGGAAAUGAUGCCAGAGCCAGAAGAGACUGACGUGUGAAAGAAAAGGACAAGAAAAAAAGAAAAAGUUAAUCUAUGGAUCCACCGCCACUUUUUUACGAUCAAACAAACAAACAAAAAAAGCACUGAUAUGUAAAUAGUUCUGAAUCAUUGUGUGUUGCAUUUUCUACAUGCUUAUCCUAAGCUUGCUGUCUUCUCUUUUUUCUUAAAUGUGCCGGCUGAUUGAUUCCAGUCAGAAAUGACGAGGACACUAGCAGGACGGUACAUUCUGUUCUUAAUGAGAACAUGCGUCUAAUUUGCUCUUACUCUACAGGAAGUGAGGAAAAAUGGACUUUUGAUGGUGGAGUCCAAAGAUUGAGCGGCUAACUCCAUAAUGUAAUGCUGUUUACUGGUCACUUAUUGGUGUUUUGGGCGGCCAUCAUCCUGUUAAAGCACCAAUUUCCUCUUCAAUAUAACGCGGCACCACUUCCUCCUCCUCCUCCAGUAUUUGGAGCCGAUUCCUGGUACGCAGCAGAAUGAGUGUAGAAUGAGAAGUUUAUAAGCCCAAACCCCUCAUGCUUAUAGUGCAACUUCAACUCAAAGAUCGGGGCUAAUUGUUGGAUUUAUUUCUCUUCAGCAAACCACAAAUUUUUCAUGUUUCCCUCCCGCCCCCAACUGUGGGACAUUGUUUUUUUGCCAAAAACGUGCCUCACACAGACAUUGAUUCUUACAGUAGAACUUCUCCCAUCAACAGCUGUCUUUUUUCCAUUGUCACUGUUCUUUUAUCCUUCUAUUGGAUCGCACGUUUUUCAUUUUCCUUCAAGUCCUCCUGGUUUUGGUUCACACUUUAAAGCAUUUCAAACCACGCCAGCCGCUUAGUUUACGUUUUUUCCCAAGCUUCUCACUUUCAGCCAAUCUGCCUAUAAGACACUAAAAACCCUCCUGUUUGUUCAGGGAAUGAAGAACCUCACUGGUUCCUAUACUGCCACCACUGCAGAUUUCUAAUCAGUUAUUUGCCUUGUACAAAUAUGAUUUCUAUUGGAAAAAAAAUAAGACAAAAAACUUGGUGUUUCUUUAUGUUGAACACAGCCGCAAAUGUUCUUAAGAGCGUUGUGGUACUUUUAUGUUUAGUGCCACUGUUGGCCAUGGACUUUAUGCGUUUUAUUGUGUGUGUUGUUCUUUGUUCUGUGAAGCACUGUCAAUUGUCCAUAAAUAUUUUAAAGUUCCCUUUAUUUAAAGAGGAUGCGUUCCAAAUAAAGCUUGUCUGAUUUAA